CUGAAACUCAUUAAGUACGUUGAAAUAAAUGGUUGUCUCUAUAAUAAAAGAAUGCGAAAGUUCAAGACGGCUGAUAAAAAAGAAAUAUGGGCUCAAAUAGGUACUUAACCAACAAAAAAACAGGUGAACAAGCUCAAAAAAGAUGGGACAGCUUAAGGUGUAUGUGGUCACGUCAACAUAAAAAAUAUUAUGAGCAAGGGCGAUCAGGAUCCGGUGCAAGCCAGGAUACCCAAGAAUUCCAAUAUUAUGGUGAAAUGUCAUUUCUCAUCCCACAUUAUAGUUCACGGCAAACCAAAUCAAACAUAAAGCGGCCGGUAUCAUGUAUUUCCAAUGAUGGAUCAAGUGGAUCUCAAGUUGUCAUUAACAAAAACAAACCAUUGCAUACAGUUAUGGACAGUCCAUGUAUUGUUAUUCGGGACACUAACUUUGAUACUACGCAGUUUGAUAGUUCACGGCAAACUAAUUCAAACAUAAAGCGGCCUAUAUCAUGUAUUUCCAAUGAUGAAUCAAGUGGAUCUCAAGUUGUUAACAAACCAUUACCUACAGUUAUGGACAACCCAUGCUGCACAGUUAUUCGAGACACUAACUUUGAUACUGCGGAGUUUGAUACAGAUGUAUCUCAGUGCAUAUCUUUGGAUAGUGAUGACAGUUUGCUACAACAAUCAUCACAAGAAAAGAAUGAGAUGCAUAUAGAAGAUCGUGUCCCUUUUUCCCCUAUGGCACAGACAGUAUUAAACAACAUUCCAUCAAAACAACCGCUCUGUUGUAGCAACAAAACUGGCACCAAGGAAAAAUACAAACAAAAGGAAAAUAGUAAUAUAAAAGUGCCAGAACCUGAUGAAUUUUGUAAGAAAAAAAAAGUAGAUAUCGAUAAUUAUAUGCGUUCAAGUGUCCAGUCACUAGAGAAAAUGGCACAAAGUGUUGGAGACAUGAUUUCACGAAAAGCUGAACAAAAAGUAAAUGUUUCUGAUAAUGAUAAUAUUGAUAAAGAUAUAUCUGAUAUGUUAAAAUGUGCAUAUGUUGGUCUAAAACAAGUUAAAUCUAAUAUAAGGUUUGAAUGUAUACUUGAAAUAUUGAAAGUAAUUAACAGAUACAAAGAUCAAGAUUAGAAUAAUGAUUAGAAAAAUGAUUAUUCUUUAAUCAUUGCUUAUAACAGCUUUUGUGAGAGAAUAUCUCUAGUCAUUACAGCUUUAUUGUUGCGAUAAUAUUGUGUAUUUCACGUAUAUGAUUUUUCAAAAUUCUUUUUUUUGUUAAUGUAUCCACAAAUUUAUUGAAAUCUACGAAAUUGUUUUAUUUAAAAUAUAGAAAAUAUGUUUAGUUCGAUUUGUUGUAAUAAAAAUGUCAUUUUGAGCAUUUUGAUGUGGAUAUUAUAGUCAAGAAUUUUAGUUUGAUUUAAGAUAUUAUUGAUACUACUUUAUAAAACUAUAUUAACGGAACAAGUUUUAUAAAACUACGAAAAUUAUACAUCAAUUAAUCCUUUCGUUUUAAAGAGAAUACGUUUAUGCCUUUAACAAGUGAGCGAUUAUUUAAUAAGAACGUCUAUAUUUCUAUUCCCUCCAGUUUUUGAUACUUAUAAUAAAAAAGUAAUAUACCAAUAGUUUACGAGUGCAUUCUAGCGAUGAUAUCCGUUAUUUUUUCUUUAUUUUUGUACUUUUUAAAAUAUAUCUUUUUGUUAAAUAUUAUGAUAAAAACUAUUAUAGAUUGUACGAAAAUUAUAAUUUUAAUUUUGUAUUACGUACUAAUAAUGUGAUUUACUUUGUACCAAAGAUUAUUUCUUUAUAUAAGCCA